AUCCCUGAAUCCUUCAGCCUGUUCACAGCUUACAAAGGACAUCCUGUAUGCUAAAGCAAAACGUGCUUUCUCAGACCAACAUUAUUUAAGUUCCUACUAUAUGCUUAUUGAGCCUUACCUAGGAGGUGCUCCUGGUGAGGAUCUCAGAGCUCUGAGCAAGGACAAUGUGAACAUGAAUGUUGGUACAUUGGUGAAUUUGAGAAGAGACGCUUUGAUGAGCCUGACACCUGCUGAGGUUAAGGACUUGCUGGGGAUAAAUCUUCCUGAUCUGUCAAAUUGGCGGAACAUGUCUCCCAUCAAGGAAUGGGCCCGAAGACAGAAGCAAACAGAACUGGAUAAACUGAGUGUUGGGCUCAUAGGAGGAACACAAGAAGGCUAUAUAAACAUCGUCACGCCGAAGUUUCAGCCACCAUCCUCAGCCCCUCCUGGUACCAAGGCCAUGAUGCUCCACCUCCUGCCUGCUCUGCUUCUCAGUUUCCUGAUGAUGUCAAUCUUGUCUUGAAACUCUUCCCUUGGAUACAGCACGAUGAGGUGGACCAGUGUGUGACCUGCUCAGAGCCUGCUGGGGACUGCCAGGCCAGGAACGAGGGGUGCUCACUGCAAGCAGGCAGCUGCUGUGUGGCUCUGUGCUCGUUGCUAGGUACUUUUCUUUUUCAAAUCAGUAGAAAAAAAUUAGCGUUCUGUUGGAACUGAAGCUUUCAGACAAUUCAGAGCAGGGUCUCUUUUUGCCUUUUGUACAAACCAAGCCAAGGUAAUGUGCAUCCCUUUUACUGCAACGCAACAGCUUUCAAUAUUUUACUGUGCAACCGUGGUGGGUUUAGGGAUGAGCAAAUCUGCUGUUCUGCAUGUUACUGAUUGCAUUUCUCAGAACCUGAUCUCUUGGCGCUGCCAGGCCCUCUGAGUGGGAGUAAAGCUUUCCAGCUGGUUCUAAAAAAAUUGUGGAGCUAAGUAAAAAUGCCAGAAGCAAAAUGGGAGCUGCUGUUGUCUUCAUUCACUGCCUGCACUGCAGUGGCUGUGGGUACUAGAUCAAAUUAAAUGGCUAGCAACCUCAGACAUGCCUGCUCGUUUUCUUUGGUGUUGACUACUCCAACCUAAGAGCUGAAGCUGUUCCCAGUUUCCUUGUGAGAACAGCUUUGUAUAGGACUUUCAACAUAUUUUUUUGCUUCUUUGGGAUUUCUGUCCAAGAAAAGUC